ACCAAAGUGGACCCCAAUAUUCUGGGCACCGUCGAGACAAGAUCAAUCUGGAAGACAACUCUUGACGACCCUUCAUUCUCCAUACGCUCGAUCCCACCAGGACUGGAUCCUGGCUGAACAAGGACAGGACGAAGUGGCCUUUUGGAAACCCCAAGUCGGUUUACAGGGCGACAUUUGCAGAGACUUGAACGGGCUGAGAUUGUGCGGACUGACAAACUGAUAGAGCUAUGAGUCCAACAGAAGUUGCCUGGAGAGUCAAAACUCGUCCGUGCCCUUUUUAUCAGCAAGGCAGAUGCGUGUUCGAAGAAUCGUGCAAUUUUGUCCACGACACCUCCGUCCGCCCUCGUCCCACUCCUGAUCAAUACACCGCUCCUGUGUCGCCUUCACCGUCACCGCACCGUCUGCCUGAACUUUUGGAUGCGCUGAGCGAUGUCCUCGACCCAGACCCAUUCACGGAGAGCCCGCAUUCGGUGUCGCUUGUUCAGGAACACGGCGUGUCGCCGCAUAUAGCGGGCGAAGGGUGGACGCUGGUGAACAACAGCACCCACGACGACUCCGCGAACGAUCUGCUCUCGCCAAUGUCUCUUCCCGACCUCAAGCUGUCGCGCUUCUCGACGAUGGGCGUUCCGGUGACGAAGAACAACUCCGACUCGUUUGACUCGGGCUACGGAUCUUCCUCGUCCUCGCCGCCUCCAGUGCCUUCGUCGACAUUGAACCUGAUCGCAUCUCCGUUCGGCUCGCCAUCGGAACGCAUGGGGAUGGGUCUGGUCGGUGUGGGUGUGGGUGUUGGCGUUGGUGUUGGCAUGGGCGCGAGUCGGUUGUUCUCGAUGCCAUUCAGCUCGCCUGGUGGGAAAUGGCGGGAGGAAAGCCCGGACUUGGACUCACCAUCGAAGCUCCGACGGUCGGUUGGGAUGGUUGGAGAGGAGAAGAAUGCUACUCCGAUGGAGGAUUCCCGACGCUUGUCCACCCCCUCACCGUCCUCCCCGUUGGACCUGACGGAAACUUCCACGGACCAGUCUUUCUCUGAAUCCCCCGAUGAAGAGACUACUCAGAACGUGGACUAUGUAGUCGCAUCGCCGGAAGUCACACGCGUACAGGAGAACGACACCAUCCAUGGGCUUUAUGAUGUGUAUCUUCACUCUCCUCCGCAAGGGGCGGUUGUCCCCGAGACAGCACCAACAGACGAAGAGCGCGGGCGUAUCCGGCCACGUGUAUUCACACCUCCCCCCGCUGCUAGCAAGUUCGAUCCCCCGGAUUCGUCGACGCCGUCCAGUGGCGAUCGGCCCAAAUCUCCGGCGUCAGUGUUCACAUCUCCUGAACCGAUCCCCUCCCGGCCCGUAUCGAGAGCGUCGACCAUAUCGAGAGCGUCGACCAGAGCGUCGACCAGCAGGCUGCCGGCUCAAAUUCCGUUUCACAUCACACCAGAACCGACCGGAGGAAAGGUUCCUUUCGGGUUCAACAGCAAGCGGAACUCCAGGAGGGUGGGUCCCGUACCAGCAUCUGCCUCUGCUGUGCAGGAAUCAUUUGGAUCUCCGCGCAGGAGAAGGAUAUCGAGGAGCGUUACUCCUGCUUCAGCAUCUGUUCUGCGCUCUACGUUCUUUGAAGCAGAACAGGACGCUCCAAUUCCUGCAAAAGGACUGAAGCAACUGCGCUUGUCGACCAUCUUCACACAACCUAUCAAUUUCAAUUUACCACCACCGGAACCGAUACCCACUGAAUCACCACGGAUAUUUAUACCCGAAGCCGAACCUGACAAGGAAAACGACGAGGACCACGACGACAUCGACAAUGACGACGAAGACCAUGACCAAGACGACACUCACGAACAAGACGAAACUGACUUCACGAUCCGCAGGCGAAUCGUCCCGCCACCUAUCCAGAUUCCCUCACCGCUGGUGCGAGCUAAUUCGGCCAUCGGCUUCACGCAACAUCCCGCGACACCUCGUCCUACGCUUUUGUUCGCGAUCGGGUCGGACGAUCCCGAAGCCGUACGGAGGGUCCUCGAAUCCGGCGAAGCCAACGCAAGCGAUGCGGCUGGGCCGAAUAGCGAGAGCGCUCUGGAGUUCACAUUAGCGAAUCCACAGCUGAAGCGGAAGAACGAGAUCGCCAAGGUCUUGUUGGCUUUUGGUGCUGGCGGGAAGGAGAACGCGAUGGGAGAUGAUGUCGAUCCAGCGAUCAGGUACUACGUCAAACGAGCAGCAGAAGAGCAUACUAAAAAGUCUGGCGCACUGAUCCACCGCUCAUUCUUCCGUCCACUGACAGGGAUCCGCUACGAGCUGAUUGGCCAAGACCGGGCGCUCGAGCAGCUGUUCCGGGUUCUGAGCAUCCACUCGCAGCAGCUGUCGGUCGUCCCUGUGGUGGUUCUGCUGUGCGGGCCAAGUGGUCACGGCAAGAGUCAUCUGGCGAGAAAGUUUGGGGCAUUGCUCGAUGUGCCGACGCAUACGGUCAACAUGACGACCCUGAGGACGGGGCAUGACUUCACAUCUACUCUGGCCGAAUUCCUGAUUAACAACGAGGGAAAGAGAUGCGUCGUGGUCCUCGAUGAGAUUGAGAAAGUGGAAGAGAAAACACUUUGGACUCUGCUGAUGCCAUGGGAAUCUGGCCGCUGCUCAUUUGACGCCAACAGCCGGCACAUCGAUGUUCGCAAUGUCAUCUGGCUCGGGACGUCCAAUCUCGGGGCCGACCUCGUCUUCGAGCAUCAUCAGACACGGGCUAACCCCACCGAGCUGGUGUCGCGGCCUGAGUAUGUCCAGCUCAUGAACCUCGUCAGAGACCCUGUCUCGAAACACAUGGGGGCCUCGCUGCUGUCGCGUGUUUCGACUGUUCUGCCGUUCGUCCCGUUCACGAAGGAGGAACAGGAGGCUCUAUGCGCAGAGGCGUUCCACACACUCGGCGCAGGCCUGCUGGGAGACGACGUGCAGCUGGACACGCUCAUUCGCGGCGCAAUGGAAAGUUACGUUCCGGAAGAAGGGGCCAGGUCGCUGAGUAGGGGAGUAGGCAACUUACCAGCGAGGUCUGUCAUGGGCCUCAACACCCACAAGCGACCGACCCAUCGGGCACCAGACCCUCUCUGCCAAUGCCGCAAUGCCUGUCGCUCUCGAUCCUGUGUCCCCUCGAAGGCCGACGGCCCACCGGAUCCGGCGCAGUCAGAAGCAACGUGGGCCGUCCACUCGGCGUCGACGCUCCACAUCGGCCCCCGCGCGUCGGUGUUCCGGGCGCAGAUCGCGCGCCCGCAUCAAAGCCGGACGCUCGAUGCCGUGUUGAAGAUGGAUGUGCGCGGGCGGCGGGAGACGGCGUUUCUGAACGAGGAGCGGGCGUAUGCGAAGGCGGAGCGACUGCAGGGGAGUGUGUUGCCCGUGCUGUAUGGCCGCGUCCGAGCGCGCCUUUCUGAUGGGGUGGUGGUAACGUGUCUGGUGCUGGAAUACUGCGGAGAGCCGAUGGAACGCGAGCUGUGGCAGGUAGAGAACCCCUUCAUGAGCAAUAUCCUGCUCUGCGUCGCGGCGUUGCAUGCCGAGGGUGUUACACACGGCGAUAUAUAUACCAAGAACAUUCUCAGCCGAAAUGGCGCCCCCGUCCUCAUCGAUCUCGAGUGCAGCCAAUGCCACAAAUGUGAAAUCAAUAUAAGGACAGUCGGAGGCACUAUCAUGCCAACAGUGGACGAAUACGGUUGCGCCGAGCUGCACAAUCUCAUUUGCAGGAUGCAGCUGUGGCAACCUCGAUCGCUUCCAUUUUGCGAUGUCUACUUGGUGAAGGACGAGCUCAAGUCCGAGGCUGACAUCAUCACAUGGAUUCCUCCGCAUGUAGAUCCGGACGCCCGGGCCAGGUUUAUGGAACGUGCGCGAGCUUUGUGGGACGAUGUGCGAGAGGAGCGGAUGUUGACCUACGGUUCGACUGACCCUCCUGGUCGCAGGACGCGUCUGGAUGUCGUCCAGACCAGCUCCAGAUGUGCUGUGGUUUUCUAAUGUGGUCCUCAGCAGAGCGACGGGCCUCAUGCUUGGCCUUAUAUCCAUUGACCGCGGGAUGCAUAAGCUCUAUCUAGGAACGGGCCAGCGGGGUUCUGUACCUACAAGCACUAGCCUGCUAGGCCAUGACAUAUGCUACACUCCAAACAAGGCAUCAGCCCCUGCAGUGCAAUCAGCGACUACCAGCCUGGUAACCGUCCCGUGCAUUAGCAUCGCUGAGCGGGGAUGAUCGUGAGAAGCUAGUUCAGAGUUUGGCAGGAUGGAUGUAGGGCGGAUGUCUGGUAGGCAAUGUCGCCGAGGCCUCACCCUUGAGGACACUACUGCCAGCGAAGAUAACACAGUGAAGAGCUAGCAACCGGAAUUUUUUUGUUGAUUAGACCGACAUAGGCGAGUCGGGAGCAAGAUUGCAAUUAGUUCGGGGGGAGAUAGAAACCCUGUCUAGGGGCAGGCAAUACCAGCAAUGCAAUUUAGGCGAUUAUGACGGGGAUAGCGACCCUCGCAUAGAAUAGUGUGACUGACUGACCGUGGGCGUGUGAGGUUUGAAGUUACAUGCGUCCGGAUAACGACUUGAUGACACCGCCUUUGGGUUGAUAUCGCUGAGUGCUCGUUUCGGAUCCGUUGCAGCGCGUAGAGCCGUCAAGUACGAGUCGCAAGUGGUCACCACCGCGUGGAUUUUGAAGUGCUGCCAGUGUUAGGUAGUUGCCAAGGUCGGAACUGUUGAUGUUUUGAUGAGCGGCAUGGAUCGCUGUCGUUAGGCUGUUCCAGGCCACUGGAAGCAAUGACAAGGUACUGAUUCCGCUCUUUCUUUCUCUUCUCUUUCUUGAGCUCUUUCGACCACCUUCCGCUCCCCUCAUCGUCGAGGCAGCAUCUUGAUCGUCGGCCCUGGCGCGGUCCCCCACGUUCCUUUCACUAUAGUAUGCACAACCAUUUGAAACGUUUGCCCGCGGUGCGGGCACGGUAUAACAAGAAGCGUCUCCCUUCGGAAGGCUGGAACGACGCACAUUUGGCUCCCAGAUUCACUCUUACAGCACCCAUUACAAUAACAAGAAUCUUCAGUCCGAUUCCAACAGAGGCGUCGACGCCAACUAUCACGACCACGAUACAGCCUGCUGCUCCCCCAGUCACUUCCACCACUACCAUCACGACUUCGCCCCCCGCAUCUACGACGCUGUCCCCGCCUCCCGCUGCGAGCACGUCCACAUUCACAUCAACAUUCACGCCGCCCUCGUCCGCACUCGCCACCAACCCAGCCUCGUCCGCGUCCGACACAGACAGCGCCAAUGUGGCGCCAUCGAGCGCCGCCGUGCCCAUCCCCGUCGGGUCCGCGAUCAACGCGAAACCAGUCAGCAUCGGCGGCGUGAGCACGGGCUCGUCGAGCUCACUGCCGACCGGCGCGGUCGUCGGCAUCACGCUCGCGAUCGUGCUGCUGCUCGUCGGCGCGAUCCUGUUCUUCCAGCGCAACCGCGCGAUGCGGCAGCGUGAGAUGCGACGUGCGACGGCCGCGUGGGCGCAGCCGCGCCCUGCCGACAACUGGGGGGCACCCCGGGCGACGGAGGGGUACGCUGCGUAUGGCAACGGGAACGGGAGCGGGAAUAUGAACAGACCCCCCAUGGCUGAGGCGACGCCGGGCAUCUCGUUCACGCCUGCGCCCGCGCCGUCCAUGCCGGCCCCGCUUGUGGCGUCGUACAACAACCCUGUCGCCCCGUCUGCGAUGGCUGCGGGGGCCCUAGCGUCCGCGGGCAAAGACAGCGCCACGGUCCGCUACGAAUUCAUUCCGUCCCUGCCCGACGAGCUGUCCAUCACCGCUGGCCAAACGCUGCGCGUCGUCGCAGAAUACGACGAUGGGUGGGCGCUCUGCACGAACCCCCGCGGCGAGCAGGGGAUGGUGCCCCUCGAGUGCCUGGAGAUGCAGGGCAAGAGCGACGGAUUGUUGGGCGACCGACAGGAGUACCGCAAUUCACGCCGGACGAGCAGUCUGGCGCCGGGCAAGAACUAUUAAUGCGUGGGUCGACGGUUGAUGAGCUGAGGACGAGGACUGGGUCAUGUUUUCUAAAUUAUCGUAAUGGACUUGCGAGUUUGUUAUUUUGUGCAACUUAUUAUAGUUUUCGGCUGGUUUUCCCGAACGGGGACCGUUCGUCUGUCGUUUUGUCUGUCCGCUCUGCAUCCAUCUUCAACCAAGUCUUGUACAGUACUGCACUUCUAGGGUUCCUCUGUACUUUGAAUGUAUGGCAUCCGGUUCUGACGAGAGAUUCCGGAUCUGUGAUCUGGGAUCUCGGACCUGACGAUCCCCACACACUCUGCGCGUUGCACGUGAAAUCCUAUUGUCAUACAGACGCUACAAAC